UACUGCGCAUGUCCUCUCAUCAUCCUAGUACUUCCUGUUUUUUUUUUUGCUGUUAUAACAUACGCCAUUAUGGAUUCUUUAUUAAAUUAUGCUAGUGACGGUGAAAAAAGUAAUAAUUCUAUCGAUGGAAAGACAAUCUAAUUUUGGUAAAGGAGAUCAAGUUACAGGCUGAUUGGAUAGUAUUUAUUCUGUUUUCAAGAUGUUUGCUGAAGAAAGUGGCAGUCUAACGAACAGAAGGGCUAGUGAUGCAAAUUACGAUCCAGUACAAAUGGACAUGAGUGAGGAAAGCAACAAUAAUAAUUCAUCGGACGAAUCAAAUAGCGAGCGUGGAAACCAUUCUCCACCAAAUAGACGAGAUGCAAAUGUACCAAAAAGAGAUACUCCUACAAGAUCUCCACCAUUGAGGCAACCAGAACAUGAGAAGCACACUUUAAAUACUCAAGAAGAAUCAAAACGAAGUGAUCGUUAUGGAAAAGGUAAACAUUCUACUGAGAAAAGUCGUAAAUCCUCUCACGAUGAUCGAAGAGGGAGCGAUUAUAAAGAUAGUAAAGAUUAUAAAAAAUCAUCACGUGACGAUGAUCGAAGGUCACGCGACGAUGAAAGAAGAAGGGACAGGGUAUCAUCAAGUCGAGAUGAACGUGAUAAAAGUCAUCAUCGAGAUGAUCGAAGGGAUAGAGACAGAGAUCGAGACCGGGAUCGUGAUCGUGGUAGAGAGAAACGAAGAGAAAGAGAUCGUGAUCGUGAUCAUCAUCGUCGUCGUUCAAGAGAUGAUCGUUCAAAGGAUCGGCAUCGCGAUGAAAAAUCGAGUCAUCACAAUAAGGACAGAGAUCGAACAAAAUCGAGAUCGAGAUCAAGAGACAAAAAUCAAUCGAGUUAUAGAUCGUUGAGCUAUAGAGAGGAAAAAAAUAGAAGCAAACUCGCUCAAUUGGAGAAAUUAGGAAUUGAAUUAAAAACUCCCGAGGAUGAAAGUGGUGUCAAUAAUCCACAAGAACAACAUUUUUAUAAUCCUCUUACAACAGCAACUCAAGGAAAAUAUGCCGAGCAAAUACAAAAGAGAAAAUUACUUUGGGCUAAUAAGAAACCAGAUGAAAGUAAAACUUCUACAACAACGACAGCAACAUCAAACACGUGGGUGGGCACGACAUUUACGCACGAUCAAGAUGGAAAGGUAACGGCUAAAUUUAAACGACUAAUGGGUAUCAAAGGUGAUAUGCCAGCGGCAAACACAGAAGGUUCAAAACCUGAUAUUCUAAAAAAACAAGAAGAAAUGUUUACAAAUAUGGAGCAACAAUAUGAAGUAGCAAGAGCAACAACUCAUACGCAACGUGGCGUAGGACUUGGUUAUGCAACUGGAGGAUAUCAAUUUCCACGAUAAAAUUCUUAUUCUUCGGUUAGGAAAGCAUUUCACUAGAAAUUAUUGGCCAAGUGUAAAAAAAAAAAAAUUUGAAUGAUGUGUGUGAAUCUAUUAAAUUGAAUGAUUGUUAGAAGUUAAUAUUAUUGAUAGUAAUUCAUUCAGAGAACAAUAAUCGACGUUCAUUAAUUAAAUUGUUCAUUUUAUUUAUUUUUUUUUUAUUUGCAAUCAUUUUUCACCUAAACUGGUAAAUCUUGUACAGUUAAUGAAAAGUAAUUGAUUAAAAUUAAACGUAUAUGCAAAUGUUAUUUCAUCGCGCGAUAUUACCAGGGAAAAAUGAAAAGUAUUUCUUUAAAAAAAAAAAAAGAAAAAAAGUAUUUAAAUGUAUAUGAUCCUCAGAUUUCACGAUUAUUGUACACAUAAGUAUAUGAUUUUGAUUCAUAAAAAGCAAAACUGAAGGAGACAGACAAUAGGCAUUACAUUGUAAUUUAACAAAGGCUUUCAAUAAAAAUUUUCGAAAAUAUA